CACUGUAGGUGGCUGCAGUGUGCUUUCCCCUGAUUUCAUCUUCAUUUCUCUUUCACCGCUUUGAGAAAGAAAAGAAAAACAUCCAUAAUAUAUACAUCUAUAUACAUAUAGCCUAUAUUUUUUUCUUGUCGGGAGAGUAAGGAGAGAAAGUGCACCCUUGCUGAGGACUGAAGACGAGUGCAUACGAUUCAGGAGGAAGUUCAAGUCGAGUCUACAGCACGUUAUGUCUCAAGGAAGAAGCGCGCGCGAUGAUCGGAAGCGAAAGACUGAUUAAUUAAUCUGAAGCCAAUAAUCCGCAUUAAGCGCGAGACAAACCCGUCCACAGACUGCAGUUUCACUGGAGAGAGUAUAACGCAGGAUGGGAAAGAAGUGUGCGUACGUGUAAGUGUGUGAGAGAGACAGGAAGAGAGAGAGAGAGAGGGAGAGAGGGAGAGAGAGACAUUAAAGCAUCAGUCAAGUCAGCAUGUUACGUGUUUAAGGUAUGGAUCGCGCGCGACUCGUUAUCUCCGUCUCUGAUACACUGGGACCCUUCUAAUAAUUGCUGGAUUUGGGGAUUUUUUUUUCCCUCCCAUCGGAAUAAAGCCUGAGAGAGCCUGCUGAGAACACACACUGGAUGUAGAUGUGGGAUUUAUCAGAGCUGCCCUGCGUUUGCAUCAAGAAGGCUGCUUCAUUCAGGGAGAUGGAACCAGCAGACGAUAAAUUAUGAAUGUUGAACAAGAUGACCUCUUACCAUCAGCACCAGAUGAUGAGAGGUCCUAGAUGGAAAGGGGCUUGGUUUGACCCCUUGUUCCUCCUGCUCUUGGCUCUGCAGUUACUUGCAGUGGCAGGAUUAGUAAGGGCCCAGACAUGUCCCUCUGUGUGUUCCUGCAGCAACCAAUUUAGCAAGGUCAUAUGCACACGCAGAGGACUCAGGGAAGUCCCUGAUGGCAUCUCCACCAACACACGUUACCUGAACCUUCAGGACAAUCUUAUCCAGGUCAUCAAAGUGGACAGUUUCAAGCAUCUACGGCAUUUAGAAAUCCUCCAACUUAGCAAAAAUCAUAUCCGCAACAUUGAGAUUGGCGCCUUCAAUGGGCUAACCAGCCUUAACACCCUGGAGCUCUUUGACAAUCGCCUCACAACGAUCCCAAAUGGAGCUUUUGAAUAUCUCUCUAAACUCAAAGAACUAUGGCUUAGGAAUAAUCCAAUUGAGAGCAUACCAUCCUAUGCUUUCAACCGAUUACCAUCCUUAAGGAGGCUGGACUUGGGGGAGCUCAAACGUCUCUCCUAUAUCUCAGAUGGAGCAUUUGAGGGCUUAAGCAACUUGCGCUACCUGAACAUGGGAAUGUGUAACCUCAAGGAGGUCCCCAACAUUAGGCCCUUAGUUCGUUUGGAUGAGCUUGAGAUGUCAGGGAACCAGCUGACGGUGAUCCAGCCUGGUUCGUUCAAGGGUCUUAUCCACCUCCAGAAGCUGUGGAUGAUGCAUUCCCAGAUCCAAACAAUUGAAAGGAACUCUUUUGAUGACCUUCAGUCAUUAAGUGAGCUGAACCUGGCUCAUAAUAACCUCACAUUUGUGCCCCAUGACCUUUUCACUCCUUUACGCCAUUUGCAGAGAGUACACCUACACCACAAUCCCUGGAAUUGCAACUGUGACAUCCUGUGGUUAAGCUGGUGGCUAAGGGAAACCGUACCAACUAACACCAGCUGCUGCGCUCGCUGUAACUCUCCUGCAAGCCUCAAGGGGCGCUACAUUGGUGAGCUGGACCAGAGCUACUUUCAAUGUUAUGCACCUGUCAUUGUUGAGCCUCCUGCAGAUCUUAAUGUUACUGAGGGAAUAGCAGUGGAGCUCAAAUGUCGGACAAAUUCUCUGACCUCAGUCAGUUGGCUAACACCAGGUGGCUCCAUUAUGACACAUGGGGCAUCCCAGGCACGUGUCAUGGUGCAAAAUGAUGGAACACUGAACUUCACCAGAGUUACAAUGCAUGACACGGGGAACUACACCUGCAUGGUCAGCAACAUGCUGGGAAACAUUUCCGCUUCUGCAGUCCUCAACGUGACCUCUAUAGACAACAGUGGUUUCAGUUACUUCACCACAGUCACUGUUGAGACUAUUGAGCCCCCAACUGAUGGGCUGAGUAGGACCCCUGAGCAAUCUUCCUUUGGCUGGGUGGCAUCAUCAACUACAAGAGCGACCCCAAUUUCCACAGAGAAAGCCUAUACCAUCCCUGUGACAGACGUAGACAAUGAGGGAGCUCUCAAUGGUUUGGAGGAGGUAAUGAAGACCACCAAGAUCAUCAUCGGCUGCUUCGUGGCCAUCACACUCAUGGCUGCCGUCAUGCUCAUCAUAUUCUACAAGAUGAGAAAGCAGCACCACCAGCAAGAUCACAAUGGGCCAACUCGCACAAUGGAGAUCAUCAGUGUAGAUGACGAACUGGCAGGGGUUCCUGCGAUGGAAAGCCACCUCCCUCUUCCUCCAUUGGAGCACGACCACUACAACCACUACAACUCAUACAAGAGUGCUUACAACCACGCCUCGACACUCGGCUCACUACAUAGCUCUGUGCAUGAACCUUUACUAAUCCAAGCCAGCUCAAAAGAUAACGUGCAAGAGACACAAAUUUGAAUUUCCUCACUUUGAACAGUCAAAGUUGAUCUGUACUAACAGUGUUAUUGGCUAUGGUGGCAGACAUGUCGUGAUGAGGAAGAUGGGGAAGACGUGUCAGUGAGGAUGUAUGUAUUAUUUCAACAAAUGUGUUUACAAGCAAAGAUUAUUUAUUUAAAGAUAUGUCUAGUGGCUAAAUCAAAAAAAAAAUACUUCAUAUCAUUUUCCUCCUCCUAAUUUUCAUUUGAAUUUGGGAUUUAAUGGAUGAAUGGUCUGCUGAAAAACAAUGCACUUGUGAAUUCAAAGUAAAAUUACAUGCUUUGGCAUCCUCCUGUGAACAAACCAUGAGGUAUUAUGUUCAUAAUAAUGACAUAUUUGUUGUAUCCGUGGGCAUGCUGCAGCAUUUCACUUCAUCUUUUCACAUUUUGGUGAAAUGACUGCACAAGAUGGCCACUAAGGACUUAAGACUGUAAAUAAUGUAGUGUAAGUAGAUGUGAUAAACCAAUCUGGUGGAUACAGAAAAUUCAGAGAAGAAAAUCAAUUGUUUCUAUUCCCCACAAUAUGAUUUCUAUGAUGGUUUAGAUUAUGUGGUGCAGAUGAUGGUCUCUGUUCAUAUAUGAGGUACUAAAUUCCCUGAGCAUAUAACAUAUGAGUGUAAUAACUGGACAGAGGUAUAAAGAUGUGUAAUUAUGUGCAUUAAAUAUUGACCUUUCAGAUGGGUCACAGGUAAGGCUUUAACAUCCAUAUAAUGAAAUCCAUAUAAUGACCCUCAUAACAGCUUUGGAAAUCAGAUUGAAGCCUUUAACCAGUACAUUUCAUACUAAACUUGCUUUUCAUCAUUUGCCCUUGGUCACAUUGUUAGAAAUCUGUGAGAGGUCAGAUCAAAUGACAAAGGAAUUUUGCCCACAUUUAAACACUGACUCCCAAAAAAAAGCUUAGCUGCCGUGAUAAACAGCAGUGUCAUGCUUUGCAAGAGAAAGCACAAUUCUUUGUUUAAUCUUGCAUGUAGCUCAUUUCCAUUUCUAUGGAAACUCCUUACCUUGCAGGUAGAAUAUUGGGUUACUGCCAGGGGCAUAACUUGGCCUGGGCAUUCGGGCCUGUAGAGCUCCAAAGAUUUUUUCUUUAGCCGCGAAUAAUUCUCCACUUGAAGCGGCUUGUCACUACAUAACUGAACAUCAGUAAAAGAAGAUGGCAGUGUUGUAAUUUUGUAUCUUCAGUGAAGGGAGUGUUGUAUUUUAUCUUCAGUGAACAGAGGCAAGACCAAUCAGACCAUGCUUACAGGAAAAUACGUUGAAAUAUUCGUGUCUUAUUGGCUGACAGGUCUCAUUCCGCCAAAUGCUAGCUCACACAGUCAGUCAAUCAGUCAGUUGCCUGCCGAGCAGGCUGUCAAGGUGUGUAAAUGAUUAUAUGAGUUCCGAGUUACGUUAACGUGAUAUGAGCAGUGCAUAAAGACAGAUGACGUAUUUUGCAUGGCACUGUAGCAGCUAAACCCAUACAGUGAUAGCUUAGUUGUGCCUAACUAAAUUAGCCUAAUCUCAUGUCAGAUAGUCAAAAGGUUUUAUAUUUUAUCAGUCUGGGAGUCCUACAAACAGUGAUAACACCUGAGGCAAGUUUUAUGUUUUGCAACUUUUGAUUCAAUUUUCACAUUUUUAAGCAACUAGCCCUCACAUGCAAGAAAAGAACAUUUUUAUGGAAACAGUCGAUUUAGAAGAAUGUUUUACAAAGUCUUUUGAUGUAGAAGAAUCUGGGCUCAGCUCUGAAUGAUUAACAGUCCAGCUAACGCCCCUGGUUACUGCCCAAUUCUUGUUAAGUAUCUUACACUAUAUUCCCAGUGCUGUUACAUGUCAUAAGAAAGGAUUUUCCUGUUGUUUGUGUAUGGCGUGUGUGUGUGUGUGUGUGUGUGUGUGUGUGUGUGUGUGUGUGUGUGUGUGUGUGUGUGUGUGCAGUGUAUUUACUAUCAUUACAAAAUUUAAUUACUAUCAUUUAAAAAUAUUAAUUGCCAUUCAAUUAACAGCUUAUUCUUAUUCAUAUGCUCUCUUGCUCAUCACAUUUCCUUUUUGUCUGUAUGAGUGAAUGGAGUGAUAGUGUGUGUUUGUGGGUGUGUGUGUGCAUGUGUGCGUGCGUGUGUGCAUGUGUGCGUGUGUGUGAGAGAGAGAGAGAGAGAGAGAGAGAAUUUAAAAUGUAGUUUUAACUAUUUCACAACUUUUAAAAUUGUGAAAAUGAGAUCCAGCUCAUUAUCAUACACAUUAAGUAACUUAAGUAAAUGUGACCAAGAAUGCUGAUUUAGAGAUUAAAGAGAAAGCCUUCAUUUUGCCAACUUGAGCUUUUGAGGAUUUUCAGGAUUUUUUCGUUAAAUCAUCGAUUUAACAAUAAAACAAAAAAUCUAACAAUAAAACAGUCUUCUUUUUUUUUUUUAAGGUGUUCAAGACUUUACCAUAACAAACAUUUAAGAAGUCCAAAAAUAGAUGAGGGUAAUAAGAUUUUUAUUCUAUUACUUGAUUUUAUUUUAUUACUGUUUUGUAUGAAAUAUUUGACCUUUGUUUUAAACCAUUUACUGCCACUGGUGUAUCGGCUGUUCAAGAAAAGAGAUAAAGAUUUAGAAAAGAUAUAAAGAUUUCCUGAAUUUCUCAUGUGUACAAUAUAUUGAGUCCUACACUUAUUUACAGUAUAUACUGUACCUGUUUUUUCAUGGUUUUUACUCUUAGUUCCAUUGGAGACUAAAUUCUUGGCAGGGCUUAUAAGAAUUCAUAUAUGUUGAUAUGUGGAAACAAAAGACAACCCAUUGCUUAUCUUCCAGUCAAACCUUUUUUCCAGAUAAACUCAAAUAGGACUUACAGUCAGCGUGUACAGAAAAUAACAAUACUUUGGCCAUUAAAAUGAGUGACUGUGUGUUCUUGAGUGACAAAUGACUUUCUGCUCCAGUGCUCACAUGACCAGCAGUGUCAACUACUGAGUCUACACCAUCCUGGCAUACGUGACUCUCACCGUGUAUUUACAGUAUGGCAUUAAGCAGAAUUCUUUUCGUUAUGUUUUCUUGUUGUGAUUUGUUUGUUAUUGGUAACUCAUUUUAGAUUUCUAUGAUGAAUUGAAGUGAAGACUCCUGGUAUUUUAUCUCUUUUUGAGUGAGAGAAUAUGUGCUUCUCCAGAAGAAGAUUUCUAUACAGACUGUUUAAGCAUUAACAGCAACAUCUCUAAAUCCAACAUUACAUAUGCGGAUCAGUCAAUGAUAUUAUUGGGAUACGCUUAUUUGAGGGUUAACCAUUGAAAAAAAAAAUAAUAAAAACAUUUAUUAAUACCAGAGAUUGUAGUUCAUACAGUACAUGCUGUAAAUGUAAAUAAAAUGUUUUUUUAAGUGUU